UGCAUGUUUAUGUGUCUUUGUGGCAGCAGGGACCGUGGGCAGUAUAGGCACUCAGAGAUGUUGUGUGGAUAACUGUUCUAUGUGCGACAAGACAGUGGCUAGUGGAUAUUUAAAGUGCUUUCUCUAAGACAGCAGCAUUGGAGGUGUAAGUGGAGGGCUAUUAGUAUCAAAGUCAGGUUUUUGGUGUUUAUUGGGUGUUGGGGGCGGGCUGGAGCAGAGUGUGUGUAUGUGUGCACUGGGGGGAUGUGGCUGAGGAAAAGGCCAAGAGUGAGCUUCCCGCCAUCAUCAUGAAGACAACAUCCUCUAUUAUGUGAGCUGAUAUAAGUAAAAUCAUGGGAGAUAUGAAGACUCCAGACUUUGAUGAUUUACUGGCAGCCUUUGACAUCCCUGACAUGGUUGAUCCCAAAGCUGCUAUUGAGUCAGGCCAAGCUGAUCAUGAAAGCCAGCUCAAACCAACAAAUUCAGAGACUACACCUCAAGAUGAGCCCCAGAGCACUCAAGAUGGUGGCAUUAGUGUCAUUGUUAAGAACACUAGAAACAAGGACAAUAAAGGACAUAUGCAUUCUCAGACUCAAUCAGACUCAGUCAGUCAAAAUGGACAUUAUAAUGGCUGUUUGUCUCCCAUUCCAUCUGUAAGCUGUGAUCACAACCAAAACAAACAGAGUUCACCAAAUGGAGCCAAAUCACCAAUGUUCAAUAAAUACAGUCCCAUCUCAAGUGCUGAGGAAAAUGAUGAAGAAGAAGUUUGUGGUGACAAACGUGGUAGUGAGUCCCCCAAUAGAUCAACAAAUAAACAGUCUGAUUCCCUUAAUUCUGAUGACAAUCUAGCAAAAGCAAAUGUAGAGGGUAAUGUAAAACAUGAUAAGAACAACAACAGUCAAGAAAAUACUGAUUUCUGUAUUUCACCCAAUGAAUGUAGGCAACAAGAAGAAUUAAAAGCUAUUCUAAAACCAGAUGAACUAAAAAUGUGUAAAAAUGAUGAGCCCUCAGAAACUUGUUUGUCUAAUACAUUCCCAGUAAAAAAAGAAACCUCUCAUACACUGUCUCCAUGCGAAAAAAACAAAGCUGUCCUUAGUCCCAAAAGGUCUGCUACUGCAAAUACUGAAGUGUACAAUGCUGUAGAAGUGGAAGUUAAACCCAUACUUGUUAGUCCACAAGAAGAUGACAGUCCUAUAACUUGUGCAAAGCUUGAAGAUAGUGAACAGUUUCCACAAAAGUUGCAACCAAAGCUACCAGAUAGCCCAUCGAUGAUCACAAGUGAUGGUAGCAGCAACUGUUCUUCUGCCUCAAUCUCUGCCAACACCCCUGUGAUCCCAAAAGUCUGUAUUAAAACUAUUAAGACAAAGACUGGACAAAUAAAGCGCACCGUUACUCCAGUUUCUUCUCAGCACAAGGGCAUUAAAAAAUCUGAGAUUUCUAAAAGCCAAAACUUUAUGGGAACGACCACUGCAAUUACAUCUUCUCCAAGAACUUCACUACCAACAACAGAAGUAGCUAAUUCUGGUGACUUUGUAAAUGAAGUACCAAAGCAGAUGACAAUGAAGCCUGUAGCGACAGCCUUUUUACCUGUAUCAGCUGUUAAAACAGUUGGUUCACAAGUGAUCAGCCUUAUGCUGGCGGAUAACACCACAGUCAAAGCUACAGUGAUCCCAGCUUCAUCAGUGUCAAGUACGAGUGGUGCAAUUCUCAAAGGUGCAAAUGGCAAUCAACAACAGGCUAUCAUGGUACCCUCUAAGGCGACUAGUGCUAAACUUAUUCCUAAAACAGUGCAUCUUGGGAACCUCAAUCUCCUACCUAAAGCCAUGACAUCAUCUUCCUGUGACCUCCAACAAGUUUACUCUUCCUCACAAACACAGCAAUCUCAACUGAAAUCAAUCUUUAAUGACCAAGUGUCAAAAAAAUUGUCCAAGGUGCAAGUGUUUGGGAGUUCUCAAAGUUCUCUGGUGGAUGCCUUCAACAAACUCCUCGGCAGCAUUAACCCUGUUCCCAUAUAUGUCCCAGACCUCUCCCCUCCAUCGGCUGCCUGUAUAACUCUACCAUGUCGAGGCUACAGGUGCUUGGAAUGUGGUGAUUCUUUUGCCCUAGAGAAAAGCCUGAUGCAGCAUUGUGAGCGUCGUAGUGUUAGGAUUGAAAUGACCUGCAACCACUGCAACAAAAGUCUAGUUUUUUACAACAAAUGCAGCCUGCUAUCUCAUGCCAGAAGCCACAAAGAAAAAGGUAUGGUCAUGCAGUGCUCAAACCUCAUCCUCAAACCAAUCCCAAAAGACCAGAUGAUAGUUGCCACAAGUCCAAGUGAUACAAAUGGUAUGGAUUCCACCGCCCCCUCCAAAAUACUACAAAGAGUAUUACAGACUGCAGCACAAUGCACGCCAUGUACUGUGAAAGUUGAGGCAAUGGAGGAUGAAACAUCAAAACUGGAGAGACCAAAUCUUAAGUGUUGGGAAUGUAAUGAAAUAUUUGAGGAUGUCCACUCUCUAGUAGUCCACUACAAACAGGAGUCUAGUAGCCAGAAAACCUGCUCUGUCUGCCAAAUGAUUUUGCCAAAUCAGUGCAGCUUCAUGUCGCACCAGAGAAUUCACCAACAUAAAUCUCCAUAUGUCUGUCCUGAGUGUGGAGUUAAUUUUCAAUCAGUCCACCUUCAGUCACAUCAUGUCAACAAAACCUGUCUGCACUACACCCGGAAGAGUGGCUACAGAUGUGUCCACUGCAGCGUGAUCUCGACUGAUGCUUCCACUCUCAAGUCCCACAUCCAAAGCUCUCACUGUGAAAUCUUCUAUAAAUGUCCUAUCUGUCCAAUGGCUUUCAAGUCAGCUCCUGGGACACACUCCCAUGCAUAUACACAGCAUCCAGGAGUGAAAGCAGGGGAGCCCAAGCUGAUCUACAAAUGUGCCAUGUGUGACACUGUCUUCACUCUACAGUCUCUGCUCUACACACAUUUGGAACAGCAUGUCAAUAAUCACAGGGUACCUGUCUUCAAAUGCCCAGACUGCUCCAUGUACUAUGCACAAAAACAACUCAUGCUGGAUCACAUAAAGGCCACUCAUGGUACUCUGAAGACAGCUGAGGGCCCACAAAGUCUCAGCCUCCCUCUCAUCACUAGGUCCACCAACUCUAACAGCUCCAGUGCCAACACCAACCACAACAAAGACAGUUCAAAUGAAAACUGUCAUGGCAGACCUGACAACUUUUUGCUGGCAAAGAAAGCAAAGAGUAGCAGCCAAAAAGGGCUGAAAAAUACAAAUACUGGAUACACAUGUGGGGAGUGCAACAUGGUCUUUGCUUCAAGAGAGACUUAUGUGGGACACAUGCGCAAAAAGCAUGGAAAGAUAUUAAAAAAGCACCCAUGUCAUCACUGUGAGAAAUCUUUUUGUUCUAUGCAUAGCCUCUGUCGACAUAAUCGUCUCAAGCACAAGGGGCUGCACAAUGUUCUCCCCUGCCCACAAUGUCCACCUCUAAGUCAACCUUUUACCAAAAGAGUUCUGUUGGACCAACAUACUCAGCUGAUACACGGUGAUCAAGAAAGGAAAACUGCUCAUACUAAUAUCACAUCGACAGUGUCUGAUAAAGAAAUGACAAGUCCAAAGCGGAGGUCAGAAGAAUAUGAAGGCUCUCCGGAUGUUAAUAACAGGGACUCUGAUUCACAGCCUUUGAAGAAGCUAAAAGUAAAUAUCCUUAAAGUUCAUAAGUGUGGCGUCUGUGGCUUUAACACAGAGAACAUGACAACUUUCCAUGAGCACAUCCCACGGCAUAAGUCCGAUGGAUCUUCAUACCAGUGUAAGGAGUGUGGACUCUGCUACACUUCUCCUCGCUCCUUAUCCAGACACAUGUUUAUCGUUCACCGAAUGAAGGAGCCACGCGGGCUCAGCCAUAGACAGGGCAGAGGGGGUGACGAGAGCCAGAGAGAGAACCAGCUCAACAGUGCAGACGAGAAUGACAACAGCAUGCCAAACACCAGGUGUAAAGUGUGCGGCCGGGAAUUUGAAACUGAGGGUAUUUUAAACACUCACAUGAGGACACAUGGGAUGGCUUUUAUUAAAGCAAAAGCAAUUAGAGAAGCGAUGAAUACUGAACAAAAGCAAUACAGCUCUCAUGAUAUAAACAAAACUCUCUAGGUGUAAAUAACAGGCAGCCACAUACAUGUAUGUCAAGUCAUUAAUUUAUAUCCUACAUUACUUAAGUUGUUCCUAUAGGAUUUUGCAGUAUUCCUGUCAUAUAUUUUAUUUUUAUUUUUAUUUUCAUUGCCUUUAGCUUU